CAUUCUGUUCUGAACGAGCUGAAAGAAAUAUCAAAUCAUGUCAGGAAGAGGCAAGACCGGAGGCAAAGCCAGAGCGAAGGCCAAGACCAGGUCGUCCCGUGCCGGGCUGCAGUUCCCCGUCGGCCGUGUGCACAGACUUCUCCGCAAAGGCAACUAUGCUCAUCGCGUCGGUGCCGGUGCUCCCGUCUAUCUGGCCGCUGUCCUUGAGUAUCUGACCGCUGAGAUCCUGGAGUUGGCUGGAAACGCCGCCCGCGACAACAAGAAGACCCGCAUCAUCCCCCGCCAUCUGCAGCUGGCCGUCCGCAAUGACGAGGAGCUCAACAAACUCCUUGGUGGAGUGACCAUCGCUCAGGGCGGUGUAUUGCCCAACAUCCAGGCCGUCCUUCUGCCCAAGAAGACCGAGAAGCCGGCAAAGAAGUAAAUUCGAAAUAAGCAUUGAAAACCAAAAGGCUCUUUUAAGAGCCAACCAAACCUUCACCAAGAGCUGUAGUUUCUGAACCAAAUGUAUCUGUUAGCCAUAUCCCUUACUCUGUUAACAUGAACACAACAUUUAAUUUAGACAAAUACUAAAAGGAUGAGCACGCUUGGGGAAUGAUAAGUUUGCGGUACCAUUUAGUCCAUCAUUUAAUAAUAUAAAACACAUUUCCCCUUAUACUCAUAAUGUGGAGAAGUCUUCAUAGAAUGAGGAGCUCAAAUUGGCAGAGGGAGUGGGCGUAAAUUCGGCCCAAGUAGACUAGAAAGCCGCCGAG